AUGGGUGGUUGUUUCAGAUGUUUAAAUGCUUGUUUACAAUUAGUGCGUUGGUUACCGGUUGCCAUUCUUUUAGGAGCUUUGGGUUGGGGUUAUUAUGCUUAUGUUUUUCAGUUAUGUUUCUGGAUUGUUGAGAACCCUGUACAACGCUUUUUAUAUUUAUUUUUCUUUCACAUAUUGUUGGCUUUAUUUGGUGUUUCAUAUUUUAAAACUAUAUUCACUAAUAUCGGAACUCCAGCGCGUCAAUACUACUUGCCUCCCGAGAUUUUGGAAGAGCUGGAAGGCUGUAGAGAUGAUCCCAAUCUGUCUAAUGCUGUGCUCAGGAGAUAUGUUGAUCAUGUAGGGCUCAAUUUAGUUACGCGUUCAUUCAAUGGAGGUAUACGCUACUGUGCAAAAUGCAAAUGCAUAAAACCUGAUCGUACUCAUCAUUGCUCUAUUUGUGGAGUUUGUGUUUUAAAGUUUGAUCAUCAUUGUCCAUGGGUGAAUACUUGUGUCAAUUUCCGUAAUUAUAAGUUUUUCCUGCUCUUCUUAGGGUAUGGGUUCAUAUUUUGUAUUUAUGUAGUCUUGACUGACUUACCAUUCUUCAUAAGCUUCUGGAAAGGGUUCAGCGGCAGAUUCUCUUCCGCUGGAUUCCAAAUAAUUCUCAUAUUGUUUGUUGCCGGAAUGUUUGCCAUUUCACUGUCUUUCUUAUUCUUUUAUCAUUUGUAUUUGACAGCUCGUAAUAGGACUACUCUAGAGUCUUUCCAUGCUCCGAUGGUAGAACGAGGGAGUGUUGAUAAGAAUGCAUUCAAUCAUGGAAUCCGGUCGAACUAUCGUGAAGUUUUUGGUUCAAAUUGGAAAACAUGGCUUCUUCCCGUCUACACUAGUUAUGGCGGUGGAUCAGUAUUCCGAAUUCGUGGCCACUCAGAAUCUUAUGAAUUCGAGAGUGCCGAUCCUCUGUAUACCCCACCUUCCAUACAACGGAAUUCUUCCGAACGUCGUUGCUGCAGUUCACCGCGUGUUUCAGCCUUGGAGAUGGUUUGA